CAGAAGGUGACGCUAGUGCACAUCACUCCCUUGUCACAUGCGUACUCCCAAGCAAUGAAGAAGACAAACUUCCGGGAAAACAAACACAUGGAGGAUUAACUGAACGAGGAGGGGCAGCCAUGACGAGGUGGGCGAGAGCCAACAACAUCCACAAGAACAAGCCUUCAGAGGCGACUCCAUGGAGUCAGCUGAAGGCAAGAGGAAAUUCCAAAGGAGAAUCUCAGAGGAACCAUGCCACAGGACCUCAGCCGGGGGGCUCUGGAGUUAAAAAGCCCAACAAAAAGAAGGACUACACCAAUGAGGAUGUGAACGGCUUCAUGGAGUAUUUGCAGCAGAGCGGACAGCCACUGCCUGGAGGUGGGGCGGAGAAGGAGCUGAGGGAGGAGGUGGAGGUGGCGUUGAAGAAAGACAGGAGGAGAGAAGACAGGAGGGUGAAGAGGCAGACGGACAAGAAGAAUAAAAUGCUGUGCUUCAACUGCAGGAGGCCGGGUCACGGCGUGGCCGACUGUCCCGAGGCCGAGCGGGACGAGGAGAUGGGGCAAGGCAUCUGCUACCGCUGCGGCUCCACCGAGCAUGACAUCCAACGGUGCAGGGCCAAAGUGGACCCGGCUGUCGGUGACUACCCGUACGCCAAGUGCUUCAUCUGUGGUCAGACGGGACAUUUGUCACGCUCCUGCCCGGACAACCCAAAAGGACUCUACGCUGAAGGAGGGAGUUGCCGAAUUUGUGGAUCAGUGGAACAUUUUCAGAAGGACUGUCCAGAACAUCAAGCUUCAAGUCAUUCACUGACGCUGGGCUGGUUGUCCAACAACAUGAGUGCAGACCACGAGGAUGUCUAUGUUCCGCUGAAGAAAAGCCAACCCAAGCAGACCAAAGUGGUGGUCUUCUGAUGACACACCAGGUCUCCAGGCCACCUGAACAAGCUCUUGGUUGUUUUUGUAGUAGAUAUUUGAAUAAAACAUGGAUUUUUGUAUUCAGCGUGA